UGUGGGUGUGAGAAGAGGGAAGCAGCCCAGACUGCAGGGCGAUCAGGCGGAGGAAGCUGCUGGGCUGUGCCUGCAAUCGGUGCGUUGCCCCUUUAAUUGUGUCCCCAGCCCUCGGGCGUCUCUGUCCAACGCCCACGUCAGCAAAUACCUUUUGUUUCUCUCACGUUCGGGCUUCCAGGGUUUGGGGCUGCGGGACCAACACAUUGCCUUAAACCGCAAAGAGCCCCGACGCGGGGGCCGGGGAUCCCGCAUCCACCGCCUGCUCCUCUCGGCUAAGCGGCAGCGGCAGCCACCCGCAGAACCCAGCCGGCGAGGAUAUGAGCCCAGCCGGACCAGGGCGAUGUGAUAACGUCAACUCACGGCAUGGACGCACUCUUCAACCGAGACACUCACAACUGCUGAAGGGCUCGUCGUCUUGUUGCUGACUGUCUGAAGAGCAACCCUACAUUUCACCUUUUCUGGAAUGGAGAUUUCUUCUCACCAGUUUCACCUCCUGCAACAACUAAAUGAGCAGCGCAGGCAAGACUUAUUCUGUGACUGCAAUAUCCUGGUUGAGGGAAAGGUCUUCAAAGCACAUCGAAAUGUGCUGUUUGCCAGCAGUGGCUAUUUCAAAAUGCUCCUCUCACAGAGUUCAAAGGAGACUAGUCAGCCAACAACAGCUACUUUCCAGGCAUUUUCUCCUGACACGUUUACAGUUAUUCUAGAUUUUGUGUAUUCGGGCAAACUGUCUCUUACCGGUCAGAACGUCAUUGAAGUCAUGUCAGCGGCUAGCUAUCUUCAGAUGACCGAUGUUAUCAGCGUGUGUAAAACAUUCAUUAAGUCAUCACUGGACAUCAGUGAGAAGGAAAAGGAUCGCUACUUCAGUCUUUCAGACAAAGACGUAAAUUCAAAUGGUGUGGACCGCUCCUGCUUAUAUGGUGCUGGCUGGAGGGCAGAAAGCAGCCCUCCACAUUCUCACUUAAAUCCAGAUCAAGGGACAUGUAUGAUGGGUGGAAGUGCUUGGAGCAAUUUCAACUACUAUCCAGCUUCUCAAAGAAAUGCACAGCAACAGCUGUCCAAGCACGAGCAAAGGCAGGAUUCCAUAAAAAAAUCCAGGCACCUAGGACUGCAGCAGCCUUCUGACAUUCCUCACUAUAAAUCAAGCAAACUUGAGGACAGAGCUUCUGAGCCUGCUGGCCACGUUACUCAAUCCGAGGAGCAAGUUCAGAUUGAAACAGAAGUUGAAUCUCCUCAUGUGGGAUACCAAUACGGUCAAGGGUCUGAUGUGAUACCAAGGAGUUUGGCUGUAUCACAGCAAGGGCAUGAAUCACCCCGUUCUUCUGGUAAAUCCAAGUCUUCAAAAGCAGACGAGCAGUAUACAAGCAUGCCCUCGAUUCUAGGUGUCAUGGGAAGCUGGGCUGAAGAUGAUCUGCCCAGGAUGCGGUUCAAGUGCCCAUUCUGUACACACGUGGUGAAAAGAAAAGCAGACCUAAAGCGUCACCUUCGCUGUCACACAGGAGAGCGCCCUUACCCUUGUGAGGCAUGUGGAAAAAGAUUUAGCAGGCUAGAUCACCUAAGUAGCCAUUUUCGAACAAUUCAUCAGGCUUGUAAGCCUAUCUGCAGAAAGUGUAAACGCCACGUGACUGAGCUAACGGGACAAGUGGUCCAAGAGGGGACAAGACGUUACAGACUCUGUAAUGAGUGUUUGGCUGAAGCUGGCAUAGACAGUAUUCGCAUUGACUUGGAGGCUGAAGCACCCCUUGAAUUUCCACCAGAAGGGGAUAAGGAUUCCAGGUGGCACUAUGGGGAAGACAACAGAUCUGAUGUGGAGAUUGUGGAGGAUGGGUCAACCGACUUGGUCAUUCAGCAGGUUGACGACAGUGAGGAUGAAGCAGAUGAAAAGGAAGUAAAACCAAAUAUUAGGUAGUUGUGAGAUAAGAAUUAGUAAAUUAUCCCUUUUACAUUGAAUUCCUGUGUCUUGACCAUAAGCCCUCCACCAGCCUGUUAUCAUACAAAGACGUAUUGCUUUCUCUUGAACAGGUCCAAACUUGCAUGCAUUUAUGGACAUGCCAUUGAUCCCAUUUUGAAUUUUGUUAUCAAAAUACGUGUAUUUUGCUUCAUUAGAAAUAAUCCAUCCUUAAAUGGAAUAAUGGAUGAACAAGGAAACUGAAGUACUACAUGGAUAACUUUUUAUAGUAGGCAAUGGGUCCCUUCUAAAAGCCUCUUUCAAUGGGGUAGAGUCUAAAUACUUAAAAAAAAGUGACAAAGCAUUGUAAAUUAUCCACUUCUUCAACUUUUAGAGAUGUGGGUUUUAUAUGCAGUAUCACCUGCUGAUCAAGAAAGUAUUAAUACCCACCACCACCACUAUAGAAUACAGAGAAAAUCUCUUUCCAGCAUUCAGAAGUGAAGAUUCCAUGAAAUUUCAUGAAGUCUUCAUAUUGUGAUUAGAAAAGCCAGGCAGAGAAUUAAGAAAGAACAUACAAAAAUGUUUUAGCAUAAACAUCUGGAAAAGCACUUUCUUUUAAAAAAAUAUUCUGAUAAGGAGAAUCUUUGAAUCUUUAGGAGAUCAUUCAUUCGAGAAAUAUUUCUUUACAAGAAAAUAAAACACAUACGUACUAUUCCUAGUCAACGCAUCACAGAUAAAAUUAUUACUCAUAUGGAUCAUUAAUUCAUACAGGUAGAUGUUUUAUUCACUGUGAAAACUGGGAACUCAAGUUGGGGUGUGUUUUAGUAACCAUGGGAAUUUUUUUUUUUUUUUUUUUUUUAAUCUCAGAAGUGCUGAUGUGAUGUGACUGGUAGCUCAGCAUCCACAGCAUUAUCAGUGGCAGUGCCAGCUUUUCAAUGCCAAUGUGAAGGAAACAAUCUUUACAAGGUUGCUCUGGCCUUUGUGUUCUUUCCUUGUCCCCUAUUCUAAUUGCCAAUAAUGAUGGCAGAGCCAGCUAACUUGUACACUAUAUAUACUAUAUCAUUAGAAAUGGAACCGAUGAGAUUUACAUCUGAAGCCAUUGACUGUUCUUGUUUGUAUUGACCUGUACUCAGUUUAAACUGAUGAGUUUUAAGAUGCAGUCAGUAUCAAUUUAUAUAUUUGCAGAGUCAUUCAGUCACCAAGAGAUUUUUAACCUUUUUCAGUUUCUACUAUACACCAGUGAACAGUACGUACUGAAAGCUCUAGACAUUUAUUUGUGUUACUUCACCUACAGUUAGACUACAAGAGAUGACUAAUGGUGAAGAAAGUUUACUUUGAAAACAAAAUGAGCCACUUUAUCUUCUAACUUAGUGAGUUUAUCUUAACCAGCACUGUAAACAGGAAAAGAGCAGAAGUAUGCUGCUAGGGUGCUUUCACUCUGUAUUUUCUUGGACAGAUAUGAGUAUUACUACAGGCUUCAUCCUCUGAUCACUGAAGUCAAUGGGUAAAGGCUUAGAAAACUUUUUUUUUUUUUUUUUUUACUACUGUGUAAGCAUGUUUGGCUGAAACCUGGGAUUAAUUACAGAACAAUUCCGUAUAUAUACUAUAUAAUCUCUUUCCCAGGGGCAGCUACAAAGUCACUAUUUUAUUUUUAUUUCUGUAAAAACUGUAUAGCCUUAUUAGUAUCAUCAUUACCAGAGAGUGCAGCAUUUUCUUACCAGUCUGCAGAUGGCUAGCCUACAAGUCUCUUAAAUGAGAGCUCAAGCGCUACCUUACCAAGUUGACAGUGUAAGCAUUAAGUGCUUCCCUCCCCACCACCCCCGCAAAAAAAAAAAAAAAAACAACUUGCAAGACUGUCAAGAAAUAGCCUGCUCGUAUGUUCUAAGGAUACUCUAUUUCUUUUUAUCCAGUUGGGGACCAGUGUUUAUUGCUCCUACAGAAAUUAUCAUUCAUUGGCUUGGAUUUGGGGGGCAGGUGGAAGGGCGGGAUUUAUCAAACUUUCUAAUAACCCUCUAUUUUAUGUUACAUUUUAUUCAGCAGUCCACAAAAUGGACUUGAUGUGAAAAUAGCUAGUAACUUCUUGGAGCUUAUUGCUCCAAAAAUUUGUAAUACAAAAUGGUUAAAAAUAUUCCAUGAACAACCUUAACUAAAUCAAAUAUAGAACAAAGGAAUUUAUAAAGGAAUAUGGAAUGGCUUCAAUCAAUUACAAAUUCCAAGAGAAAAUGCUUGCAGAAAUAGAAUUUAAUAGAUUUUUCCCUUUCCCUUUAAAUUAAACAGUAUGCACAAUAAAUUCUAGGUAUCUGUGCCUACUGUCCCAGAAUACUAAAAGAACUGGGAUGUAUGUAUGUGUGUGUGUGUGUAUUUGGGGAUGGAUUAAGGGGAUGGGAAAAGACAGUGUCCCUCGUAAGACUGAAAUCCUUCCAACUGCCAACUAUAAAGAUGAGAAUAUUAAGGAGUUAUAUAUGUCUGGGGAGGGGUUUCAGAAACAAAGGGAUUUCUGGAUCAAUAUUCAGUCUGAUUACAUAUUCUAAAUCUAAGAAUAGUGAGGACCAGAUGCUUCAGAAAAAGAUGUGAAAUACUAUAAUGGGCAAUUAUACAAAGAACAGUCUAUCCAUAUGAAGACAUUUACUUUUUAAGUAUAGGCAGAUUAACUGCUGAUUUAUGUCUUGGCAAACAAGGGUUUUUAUUGCUUUUUUACAUUAUUAUUCUCAGUAGCAUAAAUAAAUAUUUGUAGUCAUUUUUAAAGUAUCUUGCUAAGCUUGGAGUUUUAGCUCAAGACUGCAACUCUCAUAGGUCAAUUAUGUUUUGUAUUUAAAAAGGUAUAAUUUUUACAUUUGUUGCCUUAUUUCAGUUGUUGUUCCCUUAUUUUUGUAUUGCAAGACAAGAUAAAUGUAAGUGCCUUAUAUUUUCUACACUGUCCUUCAUUUUACAUAUCCAAUCAUAUAUUUUGCUUGUUUUUCUCUAAAUGAAAGAAAUCCUCUUUUCUUCUUUUGUUUUUUUUCCCACCUCCUUGCAUUUCCAUGCCUCUGGUCACUCUCUUCUCCAUGUUCCUGUUAAUAUCACAUACCACUCAUUACCAGAAGUAAGGUUUUCCUUCUUUUCAAGGAGGAAACCAAAGAUCUUGUAGGAAACUUUAAAAGAAACAGCUUUGACAGUUGUUCAUUUCAUAGGAUUGUUCCCACAGAAUUUAAUUUAUUGAUAAAAGCUGAUUUUAAUGUGUAGCUUUUAGAACUUUGCCAGGUUACAAGUAAAGUACCUGAUUUUAUCUUUAAAUCCUAGAGAA